UGAGCAUUGCUCGUUAGCAUGAAUAUAUAUUCUACUGGGGAGUACUGUCUGGUAAACUUUGCAGUAUUUAUUUAGUAAAACCAUAAAACAUUUGCAAAGAAAAUAGUGUGGGGUUAUUGUUUAUAUGUAGAUACUUAAAAAACCUCUAUAUACUUUUUCUUGGCUGAGCAGAGAACAACCGUGCCUUCGAGUCCAGCGCAAGUGCGUAACACUAACAGGGUGACAGUCUAGGCCACAGGUGAUUGUAAACAACAAGCUAUAAUAGGCCUUGUAAUAUUAAUUAUUAAUAUUAUAUUAUUAGCAUUAACAAGUUAACAACUAGUCGCAGCUUUGACAGACUACCGCCAGGAAAGUCAUGGUUGGCUAAAAUGCAGCACGAUGAGCAGUACGACGAUAAAGGAGAGAUGAUAACAGUAGAUUUGCCACCUUAUGAGCAUCCACCAAAGUGGAUUCCUCCACAUGAGAGGAAGUACCAUCCAGAUUUUAAUAACGACGUACGUCAAUUUCUACCAAGAACGGUAAAGCUGCGCCGAACAAAGGUGUCGGAUGCUCUGGGGUUCAACGUACGGGGUGGUAAAGAGUACCUAUGUGGUGUCUACAUAUCCAAGGUCAUGCCUGGUACGGAGGCUGAGAGACUCCGCUUGAGAGAAGGAGACCAGAUAUUGAAAGUCAAUGACAUCAGUUUUGAGGAUAUUGAACAUGCUACUGCAGUAAAAAUGCUGAAGAACAACACAGUGAUUGAACUGACUGUGAGAUAUUUUCCGUAUGGUUAUACCAAGACCUACGAAAAAUCAAAGCUCAUUGCACGCAUGCAGGAGCAACGCGGAGGAUUCGGCGACAGAUAGCAGGGAUGACCUCUGACUCCUCAGUCAACCAGAGAGAGAUUGAAGUUGCUGAUCUGUCACCCCUCAGCCAACCAGCGAGUGAUAGGUGUUCCUGACCUCUGACUCUUCAGCGAACCAGCGAGCGAUCGGUGUUCCUGACCUAUGACCCCUCAGCCAACCAGCGAGCGUUUGGUGUCCCUGACCUAUGACCCUUCAGCUAACCAGCGAGCGAUUGGUGUUCCUGACCUUUGAACCUUUAGCUAACCAGCAAGCGAUCGGUGUCCUUGACCUCUGACCCUUCAGCUAACCAGCGAGCGAUCGGAGUCGCUGACCUCUGACCCUUCAGAUAACCAGCGAGCGAUCGGAGUCGCUGACCUCUGACCCUUCAGAUAACCAGCGAGCGAUCAGAGUCGCUGGAUGACUCAUUAGUCUGUCGUCGAGGAGAAGCGGUGAUCGUGGCGCCAUCUCUGAUGGAGAAUACAUAUGGAAGAAUGCACGGCUGGAACAUGCUCACCAUGUGAGAAGUAAUCUCAGGCUUAACUGUUCACUCAUCCUCCAAAGAUGUUUCCGCAGAUCCCCCGCAAUAAACUAUUGUAAGAUUGUUGUCAACGAGCCAUGAUAAACUGUGGUAAGGAUUAGGGUGAGGUUAGAUAUAGGUUAUGGUUAUGGUUAGCUAUUAGUGCUAUCAGCAAUUUAAUGCAGGAAACUGUCGGAGUAUCUCUUCACAAGUAUCUCGUUUUAGUGUGCAUGUGUAAUUAUGGCAGUUACUUGUGGCUGUAUAUUCACCGUGUAGGAUGUCAGCUAGGAUAGCAAUGAAAUGCAUUGUCUACUAAAUGUUCAUACGUCAAACCAAGAGUACCAGUCAGUCAGGGAAUUGUUAUCGGCUGUUUGCUUCAUUGCUUUGCCUUACCAAUAGACUGGAAGUACACUCAAUGUACACUGGGUUUCGUGCACAUUUAGGCUUAAUGUAUUUAGACAAAAACGAAGAUUUUUGUGCAAUCAUGUCACAGCAACUUUGUGCAUGUUUUUAAUUCGAAUAUUGGCAAAUGUGUGUGCCACAUUCCAUAGUUACGUGUAUAAUCCACUGGUAUGUAAGCAGCAUGGCAUGUAUAAUAACAUACACAUUUUUAUCACAAUGUAAUGGUAAUGAUGUAAUAAAAUUAAAGUGAAAUUGAGUUAUAGCGA